UCCUGACCUGGUGCCACAGCUUAACUCAAGCCUCUGUGAUCCUGCAAAAUCUCUGUUUCCCUGUUUUCCCAGUGAUUAACCCUGCCUGUCUGUCUGCCUGCCUGCCUUUCCACAGGUUCACUCACCUCCGUCCUCUGUCGUGUCAGCUGGGCUUGCCUACCUGCCCUCUCCUCUUGGGCUUCCUCCACGGUGUCAACGACUAUGAGCGGGAGGCUUUUGGAUCAGUGGCUCAAGAGAGAGUCGCUGCCAAGCCAUGGCUGGGGGACUCUCUACCGCCAUGGGCUCAUAGCUUCCUCCACAAUUCUGCUCCUCGGCGAGACAACGGCAUUUCGCUGUCCAGCCUUAGGCUCAUUCCCGCUCCUAUAUGUUCUCCUGAUCCCUGGCCUGCAAGCGCUCCAGCGGCUAGACCCCUGCCUGUCCUGCCUGCUCCCCGGCCCGCUAGAGCCGCUAGCCCCCCAGCUUGUCCCUCCUGAUCCCCGGCCCGCUUGUGCCGCUAGCCCCCAGCUUUUCCCUCCAGCUCCUUGGCCCGCUAGCGCCGCUAGCCCCCGGCCUGAUCCUCGGCCUGCUAGCGCCGCUAGCCCCCCACCUGUCCCUCCCGAUCCUCGACCGGCUAGCACUGCUAGCCUUCAGCCAGCCCUGCCCGAUCCUCGCCCUGCCAGCCGCCCACCUGAUUCCUGGCCUGCUAGCCAGCAUGCUUCCAGUCUAUUUCCCGGCCUACUAGGGCUUCAGCGGCUAGCCACCUCCCCAUUCUGCCUGCCCCAACACUUGACUCCCCUGGGCAGAGAGAUUCACCUGCUGAUCAGCCUGUCUCCUGGCCGGCAAACAACUUUGACCAUCAAUAUCUGUUUGAGGGGACUCGCCUGGCUAUCUUCCCAGGGUUCCGUGGUGGUCAUUGGAGACGUGGCCAUAACGGUUCCCGUCAACAUCAUCCAGCCCUUUGUCCAAAGCCUCCACAUUCCAGCCCAACUACACCCCAGUUGGCCAACCCGCAAGAGACCGUUUUGCCUGGUACCCCUGGGGUGGUUCCGGUUUUGGCCGACUACCCGUUGGUGAUUUGACCUGUAUCAGUUCCUCCGGUGGUCCAGCCAACCUCGGCUCCUCGUGCCCAGUAGGUGGAUCGACCAGUAUCAACUCCUCCGGUAAUACAGCAUGUUCCUCGUGCCAAGUCCGUAGUCCAGACCACGCCACUUCCUUGUUCCUUGUCCACGAUCGUUAGCCCAGUAGCCCAGUCUCUGGUUCCCCGUUGUGCUGCUUCCCUGCCGGCGUCAAGUCCAGCUCAGCCUCCAGAAGGGCUUUGCUGCAGGCCUCCUGCCCGACCUCCGGAGAGACGCUGCCUUUGCUGCCAGCCUCCAGGGAAGUUCCACCUUCACCACCGGCCUCCUGUCCAACCUCUGGAGAGCUCUCAUCGCUGUUGGUCUUCAGUUCAGCCUCCAGAGGGUCUCCACCUUCACUGUCGGCCCCUAGCCUGACCUCCGGAGAGGUUACGUCUUCCUCGCCGGCCCUAGGGCUUCCGGUCCUCUCUGUUGACCCUCUGUUCAGCCGCCUGGCUCUCAGCCUCCUGGCCUGUUGUGGUAGCAGCCUGGCUAAUUGUUCACUCACCUCCGUCCUCCGUGUCGGCUGGGCUCACCUACCUGCCUUCUCCUCUCGGGCUGCUUGCCUCGCAGUCAGCCUGCCACCACACUCCUCCACCGACCCCCACCCACCUGGUCAGUUCUCCCGUGCCUCCUCUGUCUGUCUACCACGGCAUCCACCUCUCUAUCACUUCCACCCUCCCUUUUUUUUCCUUUACAAAACCUGUUUUAUCCUGAGUGUUGCGUUUGUGUCUGUUCUGUCCUGACUCACUACAUGCUGGCCAGCAGGAUCAAACCACUACUCUUAAUAACUGGCCUACCAGACACCACUGCCCCAUGAUGGGAA